AUUCUGUUUAUAAUUCAAAGAAGUUCGGAUGUUGUUCCGGUUCUAAAUUUUGGUGAAAGAAAGGGAAGGGUCUGAUUGAGUUAAAUACUUCACCAGCCUAAACCUACAUAUUCUGCAGGUGAAACUGGAAGAUGUCUUGGAAAAGAAAUUAUUUUUCUGUGGGUCGGGGGAAUGUACAGGGCAUGUUUACCCCACGGAAUACAACCUCAAUAGCACCCAGUAAAGGUCUCAGCAAUGAACCAGGACAGAACAGUUGCUUCCUGAAUAGUGCGCUGCAGGUUCUCUGGCACCUGGACAUUUUUCGCCGCAGUUUCCGGCAAAUCACAACGCACAAAUGUAUGGGUGAUUCCUGCAUCUUCUGUGCUCUUAAGGGCAUCUUCAACCAGUUUCAGUGUAGCAGUGAGAAGGUGCUGCCUUCUGAUGCUCUGCGCACUGCGCUCGCAAAGACAUUUCAGGAUGAGCAGCGCUUCCAGCUGGGCAUCAUGGAUGAUGCUGCUGAGUGUUUUGAAAACCUGUUAAUGCGAAUUCACUUCCACAUUGCAGAUGAGACAAAGGAAGAUAUUUGCACUGCGCCACAUUGUGUUUCCCAUCAGAAGUUUGCAAUGACCUUGUUUGAACAGUGUGUUUGUACCAGCUGUGGUGCCACCUCUGACCCAUUGCCUUUCAUCCAGAUGGUACAUUAUAUUUCCACAACCUCUCUCUGCAAUCAAGCUAUUUGCAUGCUGGAGAGACGAGAGAAACCCACUCCAGAUAUGUUUGGAGAGCUACUACAGAAUGCCAGCACAAUGGGAGAUCUACGAAAUUGUCCAAGUAACUGUGGGGAAAAGAUUCGUAUUCGUCGUGUGCUGAUGAACUCUCCACAGAUCAUUACCAUCGGCUUGGUUUGGGACUCGGACCACUCUGAUCUCGCUGAGGAUGUGAUUCACAGUCUGGGCACUUGCCUUAAACUGGGAGAUCUCUUUUUCAGAGUAACCGAUGACAGAGCAAAACACUCAGAGCUAUAUUUGGUGGGAAUGAUCUGUUACUACGGAAAACACUAUUCUACCUUCUUCUUCCAAACUAAAAUCCGCAAGUGGAUGUACUUUGAUGAUGCUCAUGUCAAAGAGAUUGGUCCCAAAUGGAAGGAUGUUGUGACAAAGUGCAUUAAGGGUCACUAUCAGCCUUUGCUGCUGCUGUAUGCAGAUCCAAGAGGAACUCCAGUGUCAACACAAGACUUGCCCCCUCAAGUGGAUUUACAGCAAUAUAGCAGGACUUGCUAUGACAGUGAAGACUCUGGGAGAGAACCUUCCAUCUCCAGUGAUACCAGGACAGAUUCCUCUACGGACAGCUGUCCUUACAAACAGGCACACCAUGAGUCUGUGGUCAGUCACUUCUCCUCUGACUCGCAAGGGACAGUCAUCUACAAUGUGGAAAAUGAUGCGGCUUCGCAAAGCAGCAGGGACACAGGGCACCUGACUGACAGUGAGUGCAAUCAGAGGCAUGUUUCCAAAAAGGGCUCGCUGGCAGACCGCAAGAGGAGUUCUAGCAGGUCUCGGCGAAAAGAUGAGGCUCAGUCAUCAGGAUACCAUAGCGAAGGAGAAACCUUGAAGGAGAAACAAGCCCCCAGAACUGCCCCCAAACCAUCCAGCAGCACAAGCAGGCUGAGGGAAUUUAAAGAAACAGUGAGCAAUAUGAUCCACAGCAGACCUCAGCAGAUUUCUCAAACCAUCCAGAGUUCCCCUCGCGGAGGGAGUAUUGUGGAUCAGGCAGAAACACGACCCUCAAAAGGCCUGUCUGCACACUCUCGAGACUGGGAAGUGGAGAGUACCAGUAGUGAGUCUAAAUCCAGUUCAUCUAGCAGAUACCGGCCAACCUGGAGACCCAAAAGAGAGUCUCUGAACAUAGACAGCAUCUUCAAUAAAGACAAGAGGAAACACUGUGGCUACACUCAGCUUAGCCCUUUCUCUGAAGAAGGAGGCAAAGAGCUUAUUGAGAACGAGGUGAAGGAACACACUGUUCAAGAAACAAGAUCGAGCCAGUCCAAUGUCAGAUACAAGCGUGGCGUGCUAGGCCGGGGCACGCAGUAUCAUAUGGUGGAUCAGCAUCCUCACCUAAUACAGAGGAUGGAGUCUGGGUAUGAAAGCAGUGAACGCAACAGCAACAGCCCAGUUAGCCUGGACAUGCCCUUGUCUGAGAGCUCAAGCACCCACAGGGAUGUUCAUAUGAAGCGAGCGGGUGGCUUGGUUCCCGCCUGGCGUAACAUCCCGAAGUCUCACAGUAGCAGCAUCUUGGAAGUGGAGUCCUCUUCAUCAGCUGGGAGCUGGGCAAACAGCCCCCACACCCUUGGAAACGGUGGGGAGAUAUUUGUCCCUUUAAAGAGUGAACUGGAUGAACUGCAAGAGGAGGUGGCAAGGAGAGCACAUGAACAAGAAUUACGAAGAAAAAGAGAAAAGGAAAUGGAGGCAGCAAUGGGCUUUAAUCCCCGUCCUAGCAGGUUCAUGGAUCUAGAUGAACUGCAGAAUCAGGGGAGGAGUGAUGGCUUUGAGAAGUCGAUGCAGGAGGCAGACUCGAUCUUUGAAGAGUCACUGAAUCAGGAGCAGAAGGGGGAUUGUGCUGCAGCUUUGGCUCUCUGUAACGAAGCUAUAUCUAAACUAAGACUUGCCAUGCAUGAUGCCAGCGCUAGUACUCACAGCAGAGCCCUAGUCGAUAAGAAGCUGCAAAUCAGUAUCCGAAAAGCCCGGAGCCUCCAGGAUCGCAUGCAGCACCAACAGCCAUCGCAGCCGCUGCCGCCGCCAACCUGCCACCCACCACAGGGCGGCACCGUGGCCCAGUCUACAAGUGAACAGACUGGCCCGCUCCAAGUACUGCUGAGCCAGGAGGUACCACUGGAACCCAACAAAGAAGUGGAAUUUGGGUCCAGUUCUUUCUUCCACCCACCUGCUUCCUGCCAUGAAUUGCACUCAUCAUUAUAUCCAGAGUCUUCCUCCUUACCCCCUUCUGCAAGCAAUCCAUCCAACAGGAUCUCUCCAAACUUCCAGUCUGCUUCUGCUGAUUUUCAUGACCAAGUUCCCUCUUUUCCCUAUAGGCAAGGGCUGGCAGAGAGGGCUCCAAGAACUGAGAAUGAUGCCCACCGUAGUGUGGAAUUUGCUGACACCACAGCCACAGGGCCAAAAGACUAUAGGGAAUGCUGCAGUAGCAGUAAGUUAGAAGAGGUUCAUAACAUAACGCCUAUUCUCACAGCUCAGUACAAAUCCAAGGCUAACACAGUAAGCUCUGGGUCUUUGCCUACACUGUUUUCCUGUCCACAUCCACCACAAGCAGCAUCUCCUGAAAAGGACGGCCAGCACAGUCCUUGCUCCAAACUUGCAAGCUCACCAGUGCGGCCCAGCAUUGAUCAUUUAGGGGCCUAUCGUGCGAUGACCCCUGCAACUUCAUCCCCUGCGUGGCAGUGCUCUUUGGAUCCUUUGCAGAAAACCAAUAAGUACUCCAGAGCAAACAGCCAGGAGAUUUUAUUACCCUCGCAGGAUGAAUAUGGCACAGCAGAAGGUUGCAAAUCUGAGGCUCUUAGUACAAAGGGACAUGUUCGUUCCCUGGCAGAGCAGUUUCAGAAAAUGCAUGCAGUCUCCCAGAGAAAAGGUACCCAUGAAAAAGGCUGGAUUGCUACAGUGUGUCAGGAUGAGAAGUCUCCAAAGUUAACACAAAAAUCUUUCAUCAACCCUUCAUCCUCUGGUUACAGACCGCUAAUUCAUCAAAAACAAGAGAACAAAAACCAGUCUUCUGAAAAAUUGCACUCAACUGUGGAUAUUAGGGAUGGGGUAGUUUCUUUGGAGGGUUUUAGUGCCCAGCAUGUUGCUUCUAAGAGUAUUUGUUCUCACGGUGAAGAGAUGUGUAGAAGAGGUGGACAGAAUAUAGCAGAUCCUGCACCCUACCUGGAAAGGCACUGUCAUGAUGGAGGAAUGAAACAGGUGGAUGAUGGAGCUACUAGUAGCAUGGUUGCCUCUAUGCCUGUGGACCGUUGGGUGGAUAAUGUUACUAGGUAUUACAGUUCUCAGAAGGCUAAUAAGAAUACUGAAUGGCUUCCUGUGCCUGGGAGGAGUCCACCCCUUUCUGAUCUGAGAGCAGUUGGAGAUGACUUGAGCAGGAUCCCAGUGCAUCUGCAUCCACAGUGGAAUCAAGACACAGAACAGGAGCUCUCAGAACUGGAAUCCCUCUAUCAGACUAGUCUGCAGGCAUCUCAGGCCACUCGGCCUUUCUUGGGAAGACAGGACAGUGCUAGGUAUCCAUUUGACCAAUCAGUCUCUGCGAACCUGAAUGUGAGGAAGCUGCACGCUAUGGCUGGCAUGGGUCUCUCGAAAACCCCGACAGCAGAGAUCGAGCGCAGUCUGUGUGGAUCCACUGUCUCUUCUGUCUCCAAGGUCAUGUGUACCAGAGAACAUAGCAGGGGACCAGAAGAGGAGGAAAUGUACAGUGCAGAGAAUUUCCGUCGCAUUGCUCGUAGUCUCAGUGGGACAGUCAUCUCAAACAGAGAAGAGACUUUGGUCUCUUCUCACAGUUUUGAAGCACCAAACACGAGGAAAAUGCCAGUGGACACCAGCCACCGUUCUUCCAGCUCCACUUCCCUUCCUUUCCCCCAUGAUCCUCCUGUGUUUCCCUUUGAUCCCCAGCACAACCCAAACCAAGUGCAGCACGUACCCCAUGAUGUACUGAUGCCCAGCAUGGUGGGCAAGGCACGUAAACCGUCAGGAGAUCAGAACAACAUCAUCCAGAAACUUUUGGUUGUGCCUGACAGGGGUGAAGCUUUCCAAGGUGAAGACUACCCAGGUGUUACACUGAGCUACGGGAGUCUCUCUUGUGCACCCAAAGACACCCUCUCCCAGGGCCAAAAGCCUCUUGUUAAUCCACAUUUUGGAGGUGGAGCGUCAAGUGUCUCUGGCCAUUGGCUGAACACAAGCUACCCUGCCAGGCACACAGCCACGUUACCAGAUAAACGAACAAAGCUCUGGGGGAAACAUGCUGGCCAGCCAGGCAAGAGUUUACAGGAGGGCUUCCUCCAGCAGCCUUCACAACAUCCAGUGCAUCAGUCUUACGCCAGCGGUGGCAGACUGUUGGCCAGUACAGACUUCAGCUCUUUAAAAAUGCCACGUGAGCCUUCUUGGGAUCCCGGCGCCUCUCAAGGUUGUCCUGUGCCCCCUUCCUGUGUUAAGGCCCCGGGUCCAAGGAGAGUUGAUAUGCCCCCAGAAGAAGACUGGCGACAGAACAGCUACACCCCUCAGCCUGGCAGAAGGCGAAUGCUGCCAAUGCACGGGAUGGAUGGGCCUUUUUCUCCUGCUUCGGAGGCACACAGAAAUGCGCUGGCUCGAGCAGCAGCAGCUACUGGCACCACGCAGAACAAUGGCUGGUGA